UCUAAUGUCAAAUGUGCGAACCACGUCAGAGACAAAACAACGAGACGGAACCAAAUCCCGGUGAAAUGUUAUUAUCAUUGAAACUAUUAUAAAAUAAUUCUUUAUUUCGCGUGUUUCGUGAUAAUUCAUCACCAACGAUGUCACACAGCAAUCGUCAUAACUCUAAAGCACAUGCAACUUCUACCAAUCCUUGGAGUCGCAAUCAAACCGGUGUUGGAGACGCACAAACUACCCGUCCAAAAUCUAAAGGAUCCAAUCAGAAUCAACCAAAACCGGGGGUUAGUGGGGACAGCAAUUUGUUGAAAAAAUGUGAAGAUAAAUUUGCUCAAGAACACCACAAGCAUUUGGAAUCGGCAAAAAAAUAUAUCCAACAGUAUGAGUCCAGUGAGGAUGAGGAUGAUGGAAGAAGCUCUUCGCCGAACGAGAUUUUAGGAACAGUGUUGAAGAACUAUCGGGGCGCUGACGGGGACAUCGUCAAGACCCAGGAAUAUCUACAGAACCUGCUUGAAUCCCGCUCGGCCGUCUGCUUGAUUUGUAUCGGUACGGUUAAACGUUCCGAUUCGAUUUGGUCCUGCACCAGUUGUUAUACGUUUUUCCACCUUCUGUGCAUCCAGCGAUGGGCGAACGAUAGCAUCUCACAAAAGCGCAUAAGUCACGAACAGCAGGAAGGAUAUUACAACAAUCGGGGUGAGUACAUUCCCAAACCGACCCUUUCCGUUCAUUGGGACUGUCCGAAGUGUCGUAAGGAGUAUGAACCGGUGGAUAUCCCACGGCACUACGAUUGUUUCUGUGGGAAAGAACAAAACCCACAGAAUCAUUUGUGGCUGAUACCGCAUUCCUGCGGAGAGACCUGUCGGAAACGGCUGGUGCCAGACUGUGGUCAUAAGUGUGUUUUACUUUGUCAUCCGGGACCAUGUCCGCCGUGUCCCCAGACGAUUGCGGUGUCUUGCGAGUGUGGUCAAUCGGCUAAGAAAACAAUUCGGUGCUCGCAGAGAACUUGGACAUGUCUUAAGCCGUGUAAGCAAAAGCGUAACUGUGGAAUUCACGAAUGCGGCGAGCUGUGUCACUCUGCGGAAAAGUGCCCGCUGUGUAAAAGUCGAAGCAAACAAAAAUGUCUCUGUGGCAAUAGAUCCAAAGAAGUCAACUGUUCUGAAUCUCGCUGGCAGUGCGAUAAAAUAUGUAAGAAAACUUACGCGUGUGGUUUGCACAGUUGUGAGAAUACAUGUCACGAGGGCGAUUGUGGCGAGUGCCCAUUGGGAUUACCAAGAACUUGUCCAUGCGGGAAAACAUCCUCCGUUGCUUCCUGUUCCGAGGCAAUAGGAACCUGUGGUGACACCUGCCAGAAAUUUCUCGAGUGUGGAGUUCAUCAGUGCAGUGAACGAUGUCAUCCGGGCAAGUGUAGUCAGUGCCUGGAAUUGGUAAGGAAAUCGUGCCGAUGUGGAUAUAUGGAGAAAGAGGUCGCAUGUCACAAGCAGCUGAUAUGUGAUACAAAGUGUAAAAAUAUUAGGAGCUGUAGCAAACAUCCAUGCAACAGGAAGUGCUGCGAUGGUGAAUGUCCACCAUGUGAUAAGUUGUGUGGGAAAACGUUAGCUUGUGGCAAACAUAAAUGUUCGUCUCUCUGUCACCAUGGUCCGUGUUAUCCGUGCAAUCAGAAGGCAUCGAUUAAAUGCAGGUGCGCUGGAACUGUGGUUGAGGUCCCUUGUGGACGCGAGAAAAAGAUGAAUUCACCAAAAUGUCGUUUGCCAUGUCGGAUACACUCUAAGUGUCACCACACCAACCCGCACCAUUGCCAUCAGGGUGAUUGUCCUCCUUGUCAGCGAGUGUGUGGUCUACCGAAUGACACCACCAACUGUAAGCAUCCGUGCGAGGCUAAAUGUCACGAUGCGGUGAAGGUUGUGACGAAGGAUAAAAAUUUCAAGCCUGUCGGUCCAUGGGAUGUUCCUAUGGAAAUUGUCGAGAUCAAAAAGUUGCCCCAUCCGCAGUGCGAGGUGAAAGUUCCUGUCACAUGCAUCGGUGGCCAUGAAACAGCCCUUUGGCCAUGCUAUAACUCCAAGCCGGCCUCAUGUGGCCGAGAAUGUGGUCGAUCUCUGAAGUGUGGUGUUCAUAGGUGUCCCAUGCAGUGUCACAGGGUAAGAAGACUCGACUCGGCAGAAGAAGAUCCAAGGUGUCAGCCAUGUAAUGCGGGCUGUUUAAUAUCACGCCCGGCCGGAUGUGUUCACCCUUGUAAGCGACCCUGUCAUGUCCCGCCUUGUAAUCCGUGUCAGGUACCCACUAAGACUUCAUGUCACUGUGGUUUGACACAGAUAUUUUAUAAGUGUCACGAGUUUUAUGGUGGCGACAAAACGGAGGACGAGUUGAUUGUUUUCAGAGAACAAUUACUUAGUUGCGGACAGAAGUGUAUCAAGAAUUUCCCAUGCGGUCAUCGCUGCAAUACUACCUGUCACUCCGGGGAGUGUCCCAAUCCGGAAGCAUGUACCAAAAAGGUUAAAAUCACAUGUAGCUGCCGCAAUCGUAAAAUGGAGGUGAGCUGUAUCGUAGCUCAAAGUAAAACCAAAACUUUAGAAUGUGACGCAAGCUGUGAAAAGUUGAACGAAGUUAAAGUUCGCGAGCUUUCCGAUAAAGAACGCCUGCAGAAGGAGCAGGAAGAGGUGGAAAAUCAACGGGCUCUCGAGGAGUAUGAGAGAAAGCUGGGACGUAAGAAAUAUCGGGAACGGAAGCGUGUUCAGGUUGAAGAAACAACCGAUAGUAGUAAAUUGAUUUAUGCACUUGUCCCAUUCGGGAUCCUGAUGGUCGCCGUAGUGGCGUAUUUAUUUUUGUCGAAGUAAAUGUUUGCCUUAAAAUUAUAUGCAGUUCAAUCAUUCAUCAUAAACAAAUCGGAGAUAAGUAUUCAUUUUUUUACAUCAUUACAUUAGUCACCUCGGUCGGGAAACUAUUUUCAUAUUCCCGCCAAGGAUAAACAUCAGUUAUAUUCUAUACAUUACAACACUAUUGACCUUUUUCCUUGUCUUUACAGCUGGCAUGAUCCCAGACUCGUAAUACUUGUUUACCAAAAACCAUCCAUGCUAUGGGAUUGAAGGUAACGGCGAGUUUGUCGCUAAGAUUGGAAUCUUUCUUCAACACAUCAUCGACCGUAAAAAACUUAAGGGACACGAGAGAACAAAAUACGGAUGAAACGUGCUAAUUCUACCGUCAGUCUGCUAAUCAGCUAAUGCAAAUCAGAGCGAUGCAGCAGGAAGAGGAACGGGAACUUGCUUUGGAAAUGCUCAUCAAAUUGAGGUGGUUGAGGCUGCGAUUAAAAUUUGCCUCUUGUACGCAGUUGUUAGAAUGAUUCCAACGAGAAUUAUUGAUGUUGUUUAUAGAAUAAGUUAUUAGUAUAAUGUAUUCUAAGUAUGUAGAAUUAAACGCAAUCAAAUACAAUUUUUAAAUUAAAAAUAA